GACACCUGCCGAGACCACCAGCACACAAACAUCACUCACCGAAAAGGCCAAAGAGGCUUUCGACCAGGCCUCGGAGAACCAGCCGACGUCCGAGGCGCGAGAAUCAUUUAUCCAGUCCGCCAAAGACAACCUCGCGACUGCAAGCGGCGUGACCGGCAUUGCCGGCAACAAGUCCGAGCAGAAGCAAUCGGAGGCACAGGGCUCAGAGAAGAGCGCUAAGGAGGCAGCCGAAGAGCAAGUUCCAGGCGAUCUUCAAAAGCCGCCGUCCGAGGCGGCCGGCAAGCCUACGAGCGCUUCGGGGGAGCAGCAAGCACCCUCCGAGCUGCAAGAGAUGGCUCCACAGGCAAUGUCUCAAGAGGGAGGUUCACAGGAACCAGCCGACUGGGAGAAAGCCGCCGCCUCCGCGGCUAGAUCGCAGUACGGCUCAGGGGGAUCGCAACAGCCACGGUCCGCGGCUGCCGGUUCUCAAGCCGGUGAGGACGGCGAAGGCCAGGGCAUCCAGGCUCAUAUCCAGGUAGACCAGCAGUUCAACGAAGAGCAAGAGCCUGCGCCUGACCAGCAGGAGGGCUCGCAAGUGCUGCCCUCUGAAGCUCCGGCUUCGGAGGCAUGCGGCUCGGAAGCCCAAUACACGCAAGGUUCCGGUUCACAAGCGCUCGGAUCUCAAGCGCCCGGCUCUCAAGCUCCUCCCGAGUCCGAGACGGUCGCCGAGCAUCUCGACUUCAGCGUGCUCAAAGGAGGCAAGGUGAACAAGGGCGGCAACAUUGUCAACGGCGACGGCAAGGUAGUCGGCCGCGUGACGUCCGGCAUCCUCCAGUACCUUGUCGGCAAGAAGGUCGACGAGAACGGCGAGAUCUGGAGCGACAACGGCAAGGUGAUCGGCAACGCCGAGCCCAUCACAGACAGCGAGCGCGAGGACAUGAUGAGAGAGCCGUCCCCGUUCGAGAGCUUUCCCGACGCCACCGUCGACGGCAACGGCAUGGUCGUGUCGAACGGCGAGUGGGUGGGCAAGGUCACCGUGGGCGAUGUCAGCGUUCUGCGGGGCAAGCAAGUCGACGCCGACGGCGACAUCCUCGACAAGGGCGGAAACGUCAUCGGCCACGCCGAGCGCUGGGAGCCCGAGCCCGAGCCAGAAGCCGAGCCUGAGCCCGAGGUCGACCGUUCUAUCCUCGCAGGCAAGCGCGUCAACAAGGCCGGCAACGUGGUCGACAGCAGCGGCAACAUCUACGGCCGCGUCAUCGAGGGAGACGUCAAGAAGAUGGUCGGGCGCAUGUGCGACAAGAAUGGGAACAUUCUCAGCGAAAGCGGCGACAUCCUCGGCAAGGCCGACGUCGUGCCCGAGGGCGAGCGCGAGGGCCUGAAAGAAGGCCCCUUCGCCGAGCUCGAGAGCUGCACUGUUGCCAAGGACGGCACUGUUGUCACUCCGGCCGGAGACAUUGUCGGCAGACUCACCCAGGGAGACGGCAAGACACUGUUUGGCCGGCCCGUGGACGAGGACGGAGACGUGCUGGACAGGAAUGGAAACGUCAUCGGCAAGGCCGAGCGCUGGGCACCCGAGGAAGUGGAGAGGAAGAAGAACCCCAUGACGGGCCGUAAGGUCAACCGAGAGGGCAAGGUAGUCGACGAGGAUGGUAACGUCAUUGGCAAGCUGACCUCGGGCGACCUGAACAAAUGCUCGGGCAAGGAAAUCGACGAUGAUGGCGAUGUAGUCGACUACAAGGGCACCGUCGUCGGCCACUGCUCGCUUCUCGAAGACAUCCCGGUGGAGGAGGAGACGGAAGAGCAAAAGCAGCUGAAAGAAAGGACCGAGCAAGACAGGAAGCUGGCAGCGCAGAUGUCUGUCUGCAUCGGACAAUGCCUAGACAAGAUCAAGCCCAUCUGCAGCAUGAUCACCGACGUAAGCUUAUCUCACGCACAAACACACAAGUAUAUAGAAUGCCAAACUGACCCAACCGCGACGCAGAAAAUCGACCAAGCCGAGCGCACGCCCGAGGACGAGCGCGACGAGGAGGCGUUGGUGCAGGCGGUGCGGCCGCUGAUCGAGGAGGGCGGUCGCAUCCUCAAUGAGGCCAAGGGCAUAGUCAAGGGGCUAGAUCCCGACGGACGAAUCGCGGCCAACGCCAAACACAAGACGGCGGCGCGCGAGGCGACACCCGAGGAGUACCACCUGGCCGACGUUCUCAAGGAGCUCACGGGCAGCGUCACCGAGUGCAUCGAGGACGCCAAGCGCAAGCUCGAAGACAUGCCCCACGCCAAGAAAGAGCUGAAUCCCCUCUGGGGGCUGCUCAGCGAGCCUCUGUUCCAGAUUCUUGCGGCAGUUGGUCUGCUGCUGGCCGGCGUCCUCGGGCUUGUGGGCAGACUGCUGAGCGGACUUGGCCUGGGCGGCCUUCUCGACGGACUGCUGGGGACACUGGGCAUCAACCGUGUCCUUGAAGGUCUUGGAGUCGGCAGCAUCACGGGCAAGAAGUCGGCCGGAAAGAAGAAGCAGGGAGGCCUGUUGGGCGGCAUACUAGGGUAGGUUGAAGCAAAAGGAAAAAUGGGCAGUUUCGGGCAGGCAACUGUCGGUGGUUAAGUAAAAAGCGACGGGGAGAAAAGGACAAAGAAAUGAGAAUGGGCUGGUUUUGGGUUAAUGACAAAUUUUCAUGAUUUUCAGUGCGACGAAACACGAUUUACCCGUGGUUGUGGUUGUACUUGAUAGCUGUAGUUGGUUGCUUUAUUUUUGCGAUUGUGUUGAUA